CAUAUAAAACACAAACUGUGCAGACCCAGGAACACAACGUCAGCGGCGAUCAAUGCUCAGAUAGGAGGGCGCAGAGGAAGGAAACGUGCACAUAUUUAGGCCACCAUUAGAGCAGGAUACCACAUUGCAAUAGAUUGAAUUACAUUGCUAGUGUUGGAUCCCUGGACCAGACACUACAGGACUACAGUGCGUUUGGUUAGCCUCUCCUAACCAGAAGCGAACCCAACGGAUCGUUAGGCGUUAGAGUUUUAUCGUGGCCGUAUCGAACCCCGCUCCAGACAGCAGCCAUUGACUUAUUAUCGUACGAAGUGAGUCAGCAAACGAUAACGUUGCUUCGUUUGUCUGGACACGAUGCACCCGUCUGAAGCAGCAGCACCAUGAGUGGGACGUCCGCCAACUCGUUUUAUUUAGUGGAUGAACUCGGUAGAGAUCUCCGAUUUAUCCAAUAAAUGCGUGUGUGCAUCACACGGAGGCCCAUUGCAUGCCACGUUAAAACGAAAUAAACCCGUUGUUGUUGUUGUUUUUUGUCGAGAAGCACCAAGUCCCAAAACAUCCCUCUGAUUGGACAGCGCGGAAAUUAGCUGUGAGCCAAUUGGCUUUACGUUCUUAACCGCGCCCUCUCUGUUGUGAUUGGGCGUGGUUAAAUUAGGAGCCUGUCUCUAAUGUCGUUUACGAGUUAAAUGAUUUUUGUUGAUGGGUUUUCCAAUAUAAGUGGUGUUAUUGAUCGUUUUAGACGGUUACUACUUGGUCCUGUGAAAAGUAAGAACCUAGUCUUUCUCAUUAACGGGAUCCCGGAUAUUCUAGGUCAUAUGGUUGGAUGGGUGUGAACCGGGCUGUGCCCCUCCGGUCGGCCCAGCCCCCAACGCAACCCCACUUCUGCGUUUGGGACUCGGUCUCACCCAUGGCCCUUGAGCUUUGUACGCAGCCUUCAUAUAAUCAAACUUGUUUUUAAGAAAUAAUUGGCUGAAGAAUUGGCAUAUUUAACUAGGGGCAAGUGUCUGAUGCUUAGGCUACAUUGUUUGUGCACAGUAAGCCUUUACAUGGGGGCAAUAGGAAUGCUCCUCUCCCAGGAUGGGAUCCCUACUGAAUUAUCCGUCGCGGGUGGCCGGCAGUAGCUCCGACGGGACCGAGGACUCGGACGAGCCGGCGGAGAGUCCCGAGAAGGACCCGGCGUGCCGGCGGAGGAACACGCGACUCACCCGGUCGUCGCUGAGGCUCAGUCAAAGCUCACAAGGCAACUCCAGCCCAGUACGGAGCAGCCCCUGUAAAACACUAGGAUCAGAGGAGGCCGUUAAUUUGGCAGCAGCAGCGGCAGCCGCAGCAGCAGCAGCAGCGGCAGCAGCAGCGGCAGCAACUGCAGCAGAUUUGGUCUUCACUUCUGGACGCAGAGUCACACGCAGCCAGCAGGGGGCGACAAACGCCACGGCUAAAAAAUACCCGCUACGCCAAGGCAGGUCCUCCGGCUCUGACACCGAACUCAAUGAUUUAAAGGCCUGCGACACCCCGCCCCGAACUCCCACGGGCAACGGCCCCUACUCGGAGUCGGACCCCGAGGUCUCCGGCCCCGGCGACGGCCCGGUCGCCAGCGGCAACGAGGGCGGCGCGCCUCCCCCGCCCGCCGCGGUGGUCUCCCAGGAGGAGGACGAGCGGUUGGCCAAGGAGCUGUCGCUGAAGGAGGCCGCCGCCCACGACCUCUCCCACCGGCCCAAGCGCCGGCGCUUCCACGAGAGCUACAACUUCAACAUGAAGUGCCCGACGCCGGGCUGCAACUCGCUAGGUCAUCUGACGGGGAGACACGAGAGACAUUUCUCCAUAUCCGGCUGUCCCCUCUACCACAACCUCUCCUCCGAUGAGUGCAAGCAGGGCAAGGUGACGCCGCGCGACAAGCAGGUGGAGGAGAGGGCCCUGUCCCACCGGCAGGACGAGAACCGACACUCCACACGCAACCAGCAUGAGCCCGCCACGGCCCAGACGCCCCCUAACGGACGCCUCCCGGCGCCCCGGUCGGGCUCCAGGCUAGGGGCCAGGACCAGCAGGGUCCGCUGCAAGAAGGGUGGCAGGGCCCCCUCAGAACGCCAACUGCGCUACAAAGAGAAGGUGACGGAUCUGAGGAGGAAGAGGAACUACGGCCUCAACAAGGAGCAGAAGGAGAAGCACAUGGAACCCCGACAGAGCCACGGGGCGAGUCGUGAGCCCCUCCUAGAGAACAUCACCAGCGACUACGACCUGGAGCUGUUCAGGAAGGCCCAGGCGCGGGCCUCCACCAACCUGGAGAAGCUGCGGCUGGCGGGCCACGCCUCGUCGGAGGGCGGCAACAUGAUCAAGAGCAUCGUGUUCGGCCGCUACGAGCUGGACACGUGGUACCACUCGCCCUACCCCGAGGAGUACGCCCGCCUCGGAAAGCUCUACAUGUGCGAGUUCUGCCUCAAGUACAUGAAGAGCCAGACCAUCCUCCGCCGACACAUGGCCAAGUGUGUUUGGAAGCAUCCUCCAGGCGAUGAGAUCUACAGGAAGACAAACAUCUCCGUCUUUGAGGUGGAUGGCAAAAAGAAUAAGAUCUACUGUCAGAACCUGUGUCUCCUGGCCAAGCUGUUCCUGGACCACAAGACGCUCUACUACGACGUGGAGCCCUUCCUCUUCUACGUCAUGACCGAGGCCGACAACACGGGCUGCCACCUGGUGGGCUACUUCUCCAAGGAGAAGAACUCCUUCCUGAACUACAACGUGUCCUGCAUCCUAACCAUGCCACAGUACAUGAGGCAGGGCUACGGCAAGAUGCUCAUCGACUUCAGCUACCUGCUGUCCAAGGUGGAGGAGAAGGUGGGCUCCCCCGAGAGACCCCUGUCCGACCUGGGCCUCAUCAGCUACCGCAGCUACUGGAAGGAGGUGCUGCUACGCUACCUCCACCACUUCCAGGGCAAGGAGAUCUCCAUCAAAGAGAUCAGCCAGGAGACGGCCGUGAACCCGGUGGACAUCGUCAGCACCCUGCAGUCCCUCCAGAUGCUCAAGUACUGGAAGGGGAAACACCUGGUGCUGAAAAGACAGGACCUCAUCGACGAUUGGAAAGCCAAGGAGACGAAGAGGGGCAACAGCAAGACCAUUGACCCCACGGCCUUAAAAUGGACGCCGCCCAAAGGGAGCUAGAACCAUUUCUAUUACUGCCACUUCACACCUCACACAGCCCCCCCCCCCCCCCCCUAACCCUCAAGCUUUCCAUUCACACGCACACACACAUACCUGAGCAUGCACUGACCCACAAUCAUCCCCCCCCACACACACACACACACACACAC